AUGGCGAAGCUGCUGCUGCAGCUAAAGGCCGCCGCGGUGUCGGCGUACAGGAGGAACGGCAACCGACGGCGCCACCCCGUCUCGCCCCUGCCCUGUCGCCACCCGUCCGGCGCCGGAGCCGGCAGAUUCGGCCCCUGUUUCGUCGCUGGCCUCCUCGCCCUCGCCGCCGCCGCCACCCUCACGCUCGGCCUCGCCCUCCACCGCGCCGACCCCGACGCCGACGCGCCCGCCUCGUCACGCGGCGCCGGCGACGGCAGCGGCUACGCCGUGGUGAUCAACACGUGGAAGCGCUACGACCUCAUGAAGAGGGCCGUCGCGCACUACUCCGGCUGCGCCGGCGUCGACGCCGUGCACGUCGUGUGGAGCGAGCCGCAGGAUCCGCCCGAGGCCCUGCGCCAGAGCGUCCUCAACUGCAGCCGCCUGCUCAGGGACGGCGGCGCCGCGGAGGUGCGAUUCGUGGUCAACAAGCAGGACAGCCUCAACAACAGGUUCAGGCCGAUCCAGGAGCUCAGGACUGACGCCGUCUUCUCCGUCGACGACGACCUCAUCGUGCCGUGCUCCACGCUGCGCUUCGCCUUCAACGUCUGGCGGAGCGCGCCCUCUGCCAUGGUGGGCUUUGUGCCCCGGAUUCACUGGCUUGCUGACCCGAGUAGCAGUAUUAAGGAAUACCGAUAUGCAAGCUGGUGGUCAGUCUGGAGGACAGGGACAUAUAGUAUGGUUCUUUCCAAAGCAAGUUUUUUCCAUAGGAAGUACUUGGAUUUGUACACCAACCAGAUGCCACCGUCUAUUCGCGAUUACGUGACGAAGAACAGGAAUUGUGAGGAUAUCGCUAUGUCUUUUCUUGUCGCAAAUGUAACUGGAGCUCCACCAAUAUGGGUCAAAGGAAGGAUAUUUGAGAUCGGAUCGACUGGCAUCAGCAGUUCAAAAGGCCAUAUUUUGCAGAGAUCAAGAUGUCUCAGUGAAUUUUCUUCCAUGUAUGGACAUAUGCCACUGGUAGCGACUACAGUCAAGGCUGUGGAUGGCCGAAGUAGCUGGCUUUGGUGAUACGGUUUGCAAUCCGGUAUUGGCGCUCCUUUUAC